GUGAUCUGUGGCGUCCUGUGCAUCGGCUGUUUCAUAAGCCGAGCCCCGGUGCAAAACAAACGUUUAAACUAUCCAAGAGGCACAGCAGGUCGUGACUGGCUAUCUAGCAGCCGCCAACUCUCGUGACCCCCAACCAUUUCUUAUCAUUUUCCAUAGCCCAGUGCUAAGCAAUGAGAGCGUACGUGGUGAAUCGAAAUGUGCACCCGUCUGAGUUGGCGCUUGUUUCAGGUGCGCCGGUGCCCACACCCAAGGCAGACGAGAUUAUUGUGGAUGUCUACUCUGCUGCGCUUAACUUUUUCGACAUUCUCCAAUCUCAGGGAAAGUAUCAAGUAAAGCCACCAUUCCCCUUUGCAUUGGGGGCAGAGUUUGCGGGGAGAGUAGCAAUUGACUCUCCCAUCCCGGAAGGUUGUAAAUUCCGUCCAGGGGAUAGAGUCUUUGGCAUGGCCCAAGGGUUGACAAAUAUGCUUCCUGACAACCUCAGUUUUGACCAAGGUGCUGGACUGUAUAUCACAUGGCCAACCAGCUAUGAAGCUCUCGUAGGUCGGGCAGAGCUGAAGUCGGGCGAAACUAUCCUUGUUAAUGCCGCCGCGGGUGGCGUUGGCAUCGCCGCAGUUCAGAUUGCCAAAGCUAUUGGGGCUAUAGUUAUUGCUGCUGCAGGAUCUUCACCAAAAUUAGACGUCCUUAAGCAACUUGGAUCGGCCGAUUACACUGUGGAUUACUCGAAGCCUGGUUGGCAAAAGCAAGUGCUACAAUUUACCGGUGGAGAAGGAGUGGACGUUGUGUUCGACCCGGUUGGAAGGAUCGCAGAUUCUCUUAAGUGCAUAGCUUUCAAGGGAAGAGCGCUAGUGAUUGGCUUCGCAUCUGGUAACAUCGAAAAGCUGUCGCUGAAUUUGGUACUACUCAAGAAUGUUUCCAUCAUGGGUCUGCACUGGGGAUUAUAUGAGCGGAAAGAGGCGUCUCGGAUUCCAGAAGUAUGGGAUGCAUUGCUUGGGUUGUUUUCCUCUGGGCGUGUCAAGCCCGUGAUCUACUCCAGGAUCUACUCGCUGGAAAAUGCGAUGGAGGGCCUGCUUGCGCUGGGAAGGCGGGAGACAUGGGGAAAGGUGAUCGUCCGCGUUCGUGAUAAGAACCAAGAACAUGUUACAAGCAAGCUUUGAGGCCACUUGGCGGUGACUGGGGUCCCAUACAAAUUUCAUAAGCAUGUAACUCCUGUAAACUACUGGCACCCAAUAACAGCCUUCGC